GUAGUUUUUGUUUAUUGUUGACAUUUUGAUGGGUUUUUGUACGACUUUGAACUUCUAAUGUUCACGAUAUUUUAGUUUGUUCUUUUAUAAACUUUUAUAAAUUAAUGUAUAAAAUGAUUAGUAUCAUUUAUCGUCUUUAUGAGGCUAUAGAUUAAAAUAUUUUUUAUUUGCCAAUAAUUUAUUAAUUUCUUAUCAAAAAUAAUACAUUCUUAUGCUGACAACCUUGUAAUCCAUUUUUUUUUCAUUGCUUGAGUAGAAUGCCUAGCAGUCCAGUAAUAUUAAACGUGUACGAUAUGUACUGGACAAAUGACUAUACAGCACCUUUAGGAAUCGGUGUGUUUCAUUCAGGAGUUGAAGUUCAUGAUAUUGAAUUUGCAUAUGGAGGCCAUCCCUUUAAUUUUUCUGGGAUAUUUGAAAUAGUUCCUCGAGAUGCUGGUGACCUAGGUGAUCAUUUUAAAUUCAGGGAAGCCAUACUGAUUGGUUAUACAGAGUUUACUGAAAGAGAAGUUCGUCGUGUAAUUGAAGAGCUGGGAAAAGAAUUCAAAGGAGAUGGCUAUCAUUUAAUGAAUAAGAAUUGCAAUAAUUUUUGUGGACGAUUAACUACGAUACUUUGUGGGCAAGAUAUUCCAUCUUGGGUGAAUAGAUUAGCUUACUUUAGUUCUUGUAUUCCUUUUUUACAACAAUGUUUGCCUCAAGAGUGGAUGAGUCCAAUCGCCUUACAAGCAUCAAUACGUGAUCGUGAUAGCAUGGAUUCAUCGAAUAACUCCUCAGAGUGUAGAAGAAAUAAUCAUGAAGAUUAAAUUUUGCAAUUAAUUUUAAUAUGCUCAUGGAAUAAAGUGGGAAAUCAAAAAGUUACAAGUAUACAAUGACUGCAAAUUAUUCAAAUUUCUCUAUGAUUUCCUUUGAGGUCUUCUUGUUGUCAUAAUCUAAUCAUCAUAAUUUGAAAGAUCGUCAUCAACAUGUUUACAACUGCGCUGUUUAUAUGUUGAUGGCUAUUAAUGUGGAAAUUUUCAGCAUCAACGCAAUUUUGUUUUUCAUUACAGUAAUGAUGAAAUAAUCUUUCACAUGUUGACAUUUGCACAUCAUGAUAUUUCUUCGAUUUUAAAAACAGUAAAUUCUAUUUAUUACAAAAAAUUAUUUAUUUAAAUUUUUUUUAAAUAACAAUACCUAAUAGUAAAUAAAAUAACAUAUUAUACAUGGCUAUAUAUGGGCAAGUAAAAACAUUUCUUUCGUUAUGAACAUACAUUACAAUACUAUAAUUUAUUUGAGUAGGUACAAUGUAAAAAGUCAAAUAAACUUUUUACUAUCAUUAAUCUGUUUUGAAUAAAUUAACAACUUUAUAACUAAUUAACAACUUAACAAAUAAAACUUUGAUAUUUAAAUAAAAUGGAAUUGUAUGCUACUGUCAUUGAAUAAAUAAGUCUUCUAAAAGUUAGAAGCUUUGUUCAUUUCAAAUUAUAUAAAAUGCAUUUUUAUAUUAUAUACUACUAAGUUCCAUAUCCGGAUGUUGGUUUAUAAACAUCUAUUUGACUAUUUUUUCCCACUUUUUUAACAAACAAAAUGCAUACAUUUCUUUUCAUCUUUAUUUAUUUAUUUAUUUGCAAUGCGUUAAAAAAGGAAUUAGUAAAAAAAAAAUUUUUUUUUUACUAUCAGAAAAGAAUAUUAUGAGACGCUCUUUGUUUCCCUUUAAAUUAUAAAUGUUUCCAUUAAAAACUCUACUCACAAUUCUGUUCAUUGCUUAUUAAAUUUACUUCAAGAAUUGAUCUAAACUCUAUCUUUCACCCCCAUCCCCUUGUGGGGCUGGGGACAGCUUUGAAAUCUUAAAUAUGAACCCCUUUUUCUUAUUCCAGAUUCGAAUUCUCCAAGAAAAAGUAACUUUAUUUUAGUUGUAGGUUUAUGCAUUUUGCUUUACAGGUGCCGCUGUAACGGAGAAAAUUAAAAUAGGCUGCAAACUGUUUAAAAUGUUGGUAACUAGAGACCUAUCAGAUUGCUAAAUAAAUAAAUUAAAAUUCGGUAUUUUUUUGUCCAAAAAAAAAAGAUAAAUUUUUUUUAAACGUAUCUAUUUUUAUCUUCUUAACUUGAUGGAUUUUGAAAUUUGCCAUUUUAAACAGCUUGUACCCUAUUUAAUUUUUCUUGGUUACAGCGCCAUCUGUGAAGCAAAAUGCAUGAAACUAAGACUCAAAUAGAGUUACUUUUUCCUGGAGAAUCUGAAUUUUGCUAUAAAAUAUACAAGCUCAUAUUUAAAAUGUCAAAGCUGCUCCCACCACCUCGCCUUAAGGGAUUGCGGGUGAAAGAUUGAGUUCUAUAUCAUUGAAUACCUUUAAAGUUUUCACUUUUUUGAAUAUUUCUUGAGAUAUUUGACCGUUUCCUAACUUUUUUUAUUCCCUGUAUAUAUCAAUCUUAGUUAACUAAAGAAAAUCACAAAACACUUCUUAGUUAACCAAAGAUCAUUUCAACUACAAGAGAACGUUAUGGUAUUGAAUUACCGUUAAUUAUCUUCCAUUCGUUAUUUUUUUUAAUUAAAUAAUGCAUGUUUUGAUCUUUGUUUACCUUAAAAACUUAUUGUUAAGAAAAGUCUAUUUUCCCAAACUUGCUGAAAUCUCGACGAUACGGAUAUGGGACAUUCUAGGUAUAUAUUUUCUUUUUUUUUUAGUAUAGCAAAAUUUUAAUUUAGUACAUUUAUUUAGUUUUUUAUUGCCAAAAGUCCCAAUAUUUAUAGAAAUUCUGCUACUGUUUCUAAUUUACUUUUCUGGCAAAGUAAAUGCUUUUCAGAAUAUUAUACAUCUCAUAGGAAAAUGUAGCGGAAGUUGUCUAAUUUGAGCCAUUCUGUUUCAUAAUUAUAAAGCUAUUAUCAAGAAAACUAAUGUAGUCUCUAAUGUUGUUUUUAGUCAAGAGUUUUUAAUUGAUAAGUGCAGGAAUGUCUUAUUUUUUAGCUUUAUUGCAUUUUUGUAGCAUUUAAUCAUCAAUUAUUAUAUUGUAAUGAAACUUUAUGAAUCUGUUUUUAUGCUGCACGUUUCCAUAUGAGUGGAAGUUUCGAUUUCAACUUUCAUUUGCUUUGUGACUGUGAUUUUGAUACGCUCAGUAUUUUGUUUUGUGGCAUAUAUUUAAAUGUUUUAGGAUGUACUAAUUUAUACUUGUGUGUUGUGUUUUUGGAAAAUUUUAAUUCAGAUAAUUAAAUAAAGGUUGUUUUUUUAAA